CCCGGCUGCGGGACCAUGACCUUAUUGGCCGGCUCAGGAACAGGGAGGUGUGGAGAAAAGACUGAAAAACCAAACAAACUUCCCUUUCAGCCCAGCGCAGGAACAGAACUUCUCCAACACUUUUCAACUCAGAAACAAGAAACAAACCCUGCGGUCAGAAUGUCUGCAGCCAAGCGAGCCAAAGGAAAGACCACGAAGAAGCGCCCGCAGAGGGCCACGUCCAACGUCUUCGCCAUGUUCGACCAAUCACAGAUCCAGGAGUUCAAAGAGGCCUUCAACAUGAUCGAUCAGAACAGAGACGGAUUCAUCGAUAAAGAGGAUCUGCACGACAUGCUGGCCUCUCUGGGGAAGAACCCGUCUGACGAGUACCUGGAGGGAAUGAUGAGCGAAGCUCCUGGUCCCAUCAACUUCACCAUGUUCCUCACCAUGUUUGGAGAACGUCUGAACGGCACUGAUCCUGAAGACGUAAUCCGAAACGCCUUCAUGUGCUUCGACGAAGAUGCUUCUGGUUUUAUCCAUGAGGACCAUCUCCGCGAGCUGCUGACCACCAUGGGUGACCGUUUCACUGAUGAAGAAGUGGACGAGCUGUUUCGAGAGGCACCUAUCGACAAGAAAGGAAACUUUAACUACGUGGAGUUCACUCGCAUCCUCAAACACGGGGCCAAAGACAAGGACGACAUAUAAAAUCCCUGUUGUGUGUCUGUAAGAGACUGAAGCAGAUGGGUUAUGCUCUACAGAAGUCCAAAAACACCCAUUAACAUGAAGUUCAACAUAUUAAAAAGCUUUACAAUAUAGUUUUGUCGAUUUCAUGUAUUAACAAUAAAGUUUGUACAUUCCAGAAGUGA